AUGUCAACAAUCGAGAAAGCCCUCCCGAAGCCAGGCAUCGAGCUAUACAGUGGGAAAUACUUUGCUGCAUGCGGACUGGGCGGGAUAGUCGCCUGUGGCCCAACACAUGCAGCAGUUUGCCCCCUCGAUCUCGUAAAAUGCCGUCGCCAGGUCGACUCCAAGCUCUACUCCUCCAACCUGCAAGCCUGGUCUAAAAUCUACAAAGGCGAGGGGCUCCGUGGGGUGUUCUUUGGGUGGUCCCCCACGUUCGUCGGAUACUGUAUGCAGGGCGGAGGUAAGUACGGGUUCUACGAGGUAUUCAAGUACACAUACGGGGAGCAAUUGUUCCCAAACAUGAACCAGACUGCCGUGUUUCUGGCGGCGAGUGCCAGCGCGGAGUUUAUCGCGGAUCUCGCGUUGUGUCCGUUCGAAGCUGUGAAGGUCAGGAUGCAGACGACCUUGCCGCCGUUUGCCCAUACUCUGAGAGAGGGCAUGGGAAAGGUGAUUAAGGAGGAGGGGUAUGCUGGCCUCUAUAAAGGCCUCUACCCCCUCUGGGCUCGCCAGAUCCCCUACACUAUGGUCAAAUUCGCAACCUUCGAAACCACGGUCAAUGCCAUCUACAGAUCCCUGGGCAAGCCCAAGUCUUCGUACAGCGGCUUGCAGCAAACCGGUGUCUCUUUUCUGGGAGGAUAUAUCGCAGGUAUCGGGUGUGCAGUCGUCUCGCAUCCUGCCGAUGUCAUGGUCUCCAAGCUUAACUCAGAUCGCAAGCCCGGAGAGGGUGCUGGCAAGGCCAUGAGUCGUAUAUACGGCAACAUCGGGUUCAAGGGGCUGUGGAAUGGACUACCGGUUCGAAUCCUGAUGAUUGGAACUCUGACCGCGUUCCAGUGGUUGAUUUAUGAUAGUUUCAAGGUGGGCCUGGGCUUGCCUACCACGGGUGGCCAUUGA